UCGAGAGCCCAUCCACCCAAACAGGGCUAGGAGAGGAGAGAUGGUUUAUGGAGGCUGCACUUACAGCCGCUGCCGCUGCUGCCGCCGCCACCUCCGCUGCUGCCGCCACCGCCUGAAGAAGCCCCAUCCAUCCGCCUGCAGCCCGGGAGACUCAGAGCCUGGGAGGGGCCUAGGGCCCGGGCCGCCCGCCUCCUUCUUCUAGUCGUCGUCCGGGGCUUGCUCUUGCUCCACCAACCCUCUGCCCUCCCCUCCGCCUCCGCCCUCCUCCUCGGCCUCCAGCCGCCAGCCAACCGCGCGGCCGCUUGUUGAGCCAAGGCUCCACUGUCUCCAUGACGCCCGGCAAACAUUCCCGUGCCUUAGCCGGAGCCGCUGACGCCGGGGGUUGGUACAGGGGCUCCAGAAGCAGCCAGGGAAGGGGGUGGUCGACAACUCCCCACCCAGUCGUCACCAUGCCCAUCUCUCCGGUAAACAGCCGCAAGCAGCCGAACGUCGGGGUAAACUCUGGCGCACAGCCGAAGAUGUCUGUUAGCUUUACUGGCCCAGCAAAAGGAGCGCCAAUGAAAGGAGGAUAUACUAGUGCAAACCAAAGCAGAAUGUCUGUGUCAAAAACCAUGGUGAUUCUACCUGACCCAAAAACAGUAGAAAAAAUGAAUCCUGCGAGCCACACUACUGAAGUGACUGAUAUACAUGGAGUUGAUGUUACUCCCAGACCUCUUUACCAUCCAGAUCCAUAUACUGGUACAGCAAAGCCAAAUAAACUAUUGACAUCACAAGAAGGAUCACGUACAUCGGACUUUAUAGCUUCCUAUAGCCUUUAUCAGAAUACAAUAAAUCCUAGUAUGUUAGGGCAGUUUACAAGGUCAGUUUUAGGAAGCAGUACAGUUUCUAAGUCAAGUACAUCCACUACUGAAUCAAUGGUAGAAGACCUAGAAGAACCAUCCUUUAAACGGGAAAUGUUGGCUAGUUUUACAGAUUUACGAGUUAUUAGGGCAACACCUGGAAAAAUUGUAACAAAAGAAGACCUGGAGAAGACUAUAGAGAUAAUACUCACAGAGACAGAAACGAUGAACUUUUUUAACCUACCAACAGUCAUGGUUUCUGUAGAAUCUGAAGAAGCUGAGAAAGUAAGCCAGAGAAACAAGAACUAUGAGACUCUUUGUCGAAAUAGAUUAGGCAAUGACUUAUAUGUAGAAAGGAUGAUGCAGACUAUUAAUGGAGCACCAAAGAAUAAACACGUUCAAUGUGACAAAAUCAUGAAGGAAGACAAAGGCAUAAUGUCCACUGCUUGGGAUUUGUACGAUUCUUAUAAUGCUAUGGAGCUUUCAUCUUUACCAGUAAAAAGAUCUACAGUUGAUUCAAGUAGUAAAGCAAGCAUACCUUCUAAAGACUGGGACCAAAGACUGCCAUGGAGUAAUUUAGAAAAAAUUAGUGAAAGUAGUUCUCUAAUGGAUAUUGAAAAUGUAACUCUGGCUAAAGUCCAUGAUGAAGAAGAAGAUAACUCAGAGGAAGUAUUGAAAUCUGAUAAGUUCCAACAGGACUUAUUUUUUAUGGAACGAGUUAUAAUGGAAAAUAUAUUUCAGCCAAAACUUGCAGCUUAUCGUCAGCUUCCUGUUUUAAAAGAACCAGAACCUGAAGACUUUUUAGUAGGUGAAAAACUUGAAGAGGUAGAAGAAGAGGCUAAGAAGGAAGAGGAAGAAGAAAUAGAAAUAGGUUCAGAACAAUCAACAAUACCAGCCAAUUUGGAACGACUUUGGUCCUUUUCCUGUGACUUAACCAAAGGCCUUAAUGUGAGCAGCCUUGCCUGGAAUAAAACAAAUCCAGACCUUUUGGCUGUUGGCUAUGGGCACUUUGGAUUUAAGGAGCAAAAAAGAGGAUUGGCUUGCUGCUGGUCAAUAAAGAAUCCCAUGGUAACUAAAACAGGAAUAAGACCUAUUUUUAUUUAA